AUUUUGUAUUUCUUUAUUAUUUCGCCUUCAUUUUUUUAAUCUUUCUCCUCAAAAAGGCAAAAUCGAAUCAACGUAAAAAAAAAUUUCAUAACUUUGCUAACAAAGUGAAAAUUUUGAACCGAUCCCACAUAAAUUCCCAUUUCCCUUUCCCCCUCAUUUAUUCCAUUCAUAAUUCGUAUAUCAAUUCUUCAACUUGUUAAAAUUUAAUCGGUUUCUACAUCAAUUAAGUUCAUUUCAGGUUGUUGAUUAUAUUGAAUUGAAGGAAAAGAAGAAUGGGGUAUAUUGGGUCUCAUGGUAUUGCUGCUCUACAUAGAUACAAGUAUAGUGGUGUAGAUCAUUCUUAUGUUGCCAAAUAUGUUUUACAACCUUUCUGGACUCGUUUCGUUCAUUUCUUCCCUCUUUGGAUGCCUCCAAAUAUGAUAACACUCACAGGAUUCAUGUUCUUAAUGACUUCUGCCUUACUUGGAUAUAUAUAUUCGCCUCAUUUGGAUUCUCCACCACCUAGAUGGGUUCAUUUCAUGCAUGGAUUACUACUCUUUUUAUACCAGACAUUUGAUGCUGUGGAUGGGAAGCAAGCAAGACGUACCAACUCCUCAAGCCCAUUGGGCGAGCUUUUUGACCAUGGAUGUGAUGCUCUCGCUUGUGCUUUUGAAGCCAUGGCUUUUGGGAGUACUGCUAUGUGUGGAAGGGCCACCUUCUGGUUUUGGGUGAUUGCAGCUGUUCCAUUUUAUGGUGCAACAUGGGAACACUACUUUACGAAUACUCUAAUCCUUCCCGUAAUCAAUGGACCUACUGAAGGUCUCAUGCUGAUCUACUGUUGUCACUUCUUUACAACCUUUGUCGGUGCUGAAUGGUGGGCUCAACAGUUUGGAACAUCAAUACCCUUCUUGAGCUGGGUGCCCUUUUUUAACGGGAUUCCAACAUAUGAAGCUGUACUAUACUUAAUGAUAGCAGUUGGUGUAAUACCGACUGUUAUAUUCAACAUACAGAAUGUUUACUCCGUGGUUAAAUUAAGAAAAGGAAGUAUGCUGCUUGCAUUAGCUAUGCUUUACCCAUUUGUGGUGCUCAUGGUUGGAGUCCUUUUGUGGGACUAUUUGUCUCCAUCUGAUCUACUUGGCAACUAUCCUCAUCUUGUUGUAUUGGGAACUGGACUUGCAUUUGGUUUCCUAGUGGGAAGAAUGAUUUUGUCUCACUUGUGUGAUGAGCCGAAGGGUCUCAAAACUAGCAUGUGUAUGUCUCUUUUGUAUCUGCCUCUCGCCAUUGCAAACACUUUGACUGCUAGGCUGAAUGAUGGGGUUGCUUUGGUUGAUGAGCUCUUGGUGCUGCUUGGUUAUUGUGUUUUUACUGCUUGUCUGUACUUGCACUUUGCAACUUCAGUCAUUAAUGAAAUCACAACUGCAUUGGGAAUCUACUGCUUCAGAAUUACUAGGAAAGAGGCAUGAGGAAUGCAGAAUGCUCCUGUCUCCAGAAUUUGAUGGUGCAGGGUAAUGCACCGAUUGGUUUGGUCGAAAUCUUUUGGAUCAAGCUUAUGAACUGCAUAAUUUCAACAUGUAAUGGUUAUUAUUUACUACUUGCACUACAAAAUUGACUAGUAUUCUCAACUCUUGGAAUAGCCAAGUUGUGUAUUCAUGUCUCCAACCCAGGAAAAAUUGAGGGGUUGGAGAGAUAAGAGUACCUUGGUGUAAUUUUGGUACUUUCAUUGUGUUCACAUUUGCUUAAGCUUAGAAAUCUUGAGUUUUUGGCCUUUUUAUUUUGAGAUGUGGUGCUUUCCCUUGGAAUUUUGCAUGUAAAUCUAAUGAUGCUCCAUGUCUAUGAUACCAAAGAUUUCUGACA